UCUCUAUGAAUUCAAAAUCAAAUAACGGUCAUAUGAGUUUUCUUAUUCUAUAUUCUUCACAGAUUCAUUAUCAACAGAUAGGAUAUCUUAUUAACGAUGGAAGGAUUCAAGACGCCUGUUAGAAGGAACCGUAGACCUACAGAUGAUUCCAAUUUACAAACCCCGAUUAAAAUUCCAGCUUCUCCAUUUUUACAGCAAUUAGCUCAUGGAACUGGUGUACAUAUUCUUAGUUUGGAAAGAUCUCCAAAAGUUGGUUUUGCAAGAUCACCUUGGGCAAUAAAAAAAAGAAAUAGUAAACUUGCAAAGAAUUCAGAAUAUGACAAGCGCUUAUGGUCUGAAGCCGAUUUAUUGAAAAAAUUAAAUCACCCAAACAUCGUGGGUUUCAGAGCAUUUACGUUAUCUUCCAAGGGUGAACCAUGCCUUGCCAUGGAACAACUGGAUAUUUCUUUAGGAGACUUGAUUGAAGAUAGAGUCGACAGAGGAGAUGACAUUUUUGCAGCUAAAGAUAUUUUAUAUGUUGGUUAUGAGAUGGCAAAGGGUUUAGAGUAUCUACAUCAUACUAUAUAUAUUUUGCAUGGGGAUAUUAAAAGUUAUAAUGUUCUAGUUUCAAAAGAUUUGAAAAAAGUAAAACUUUGUGACUUUGGAGUUUCUGUACCACUUACAAAGACUUUAGAAAUGGAUAAAUCACAAGAAAAUUUUAUGUACGUUGGAACUGAAUGUUGGAAUCCACCAGAAGUAUUAUUUGAGGAAGGUCCUAUAACAAACAAAUGUGAUAUAUGGGCAUAUGGUCUUGUUAUAUGGGAAAUGUUAGCCUUAUCUCCACCUUUCGUAAAUUCUGAUCACUCUAGCAAUGAUAUCGAGGAUAUUUCUACAUCAGAAAAAUGUAUGUCUUUAACAACAACAAAUGAUGAUAAUGAUCUUACUAUGGAUGAUAGUAUUAUGUUCGAGGAAGAAACAAAAAAAAACUAUGGCGUUCGGCCACCUUUACCUGCAAUUGAUAUAGGUCCAGAAUAUACAGAAGUAUUAGACAUAUUUUAUACGUGCACCAUUGUAGAUCAUAAGUUAAGGCCAAGUUCAAAAGGCUUAGUGAUGUACUUUUCAAAAAUUAUGCCUUCUAAAGUAUAAAUUUAUGUCUUUAUGUUUAGAAUAUAAUUUUUUAUAUAGAAUAUAACUUCAUAGAAUAUAACUUUAUAGAAUAUAACUUUAUAUAUAAGAAUAUUUGACGAAUAUUUAGUUUACACAUGUGAUAAAAUGCAAGUUAA